AUGCAGCACGAUCACCAAACGCAACCUCCUCCCACCAUGGCGCGCACAGAAACAGACAUCGCGCCCCCUCCGUCCGCGCCCAUCCAAUCCCUCAUCGCGCAAGAUACUUCCACAAAGACUCACGAUCCCACGCUCCACUCACUGGCCCUCCAAAUACAACAUAACCUCCAAUACCAACACAACUGGACAUCUCUACACAUCCACACCCACUCCCCGCUCACCGGUUCGCUCCUCCCGCGCCCACUUCUCUCCGGCCUACCCCCAAACCGCCUCUAUAUCCACCCCGACGAGCAGAUCGAGCUGUUAAAAGACGCCGACCGAGCGCGCAAAGCACAGAAAGAAGGCGAGACGGGCGCAUUAGAGGUUAAGGCCGAGCCGGAGCGGGAGUGGAUCUUGCCGGCGAGAUUGAGCGAGAAGUGGACGCUGAGGAGGCUGGCGGAGGUUUUUGAUGGGAUUAGUGAGGUACCACCGGAGAAGGAAGACGUGGACAGUGAAGGGAAGAAGGGGAAGGUGAGCAGGUGGAGGGAGACGAAGAGAGUGGUGCUGGCGACAGUGGAUACGGAUAGUACGGUGGUGUACUAUAUUGUGCAGGAUGGGGUAGUGAAGCCCAGGCAGAAUUGA